CUACCAUCAAAACAGAGCAACCUCAAGCAACACACUAAAGCUUCACUUCAAUUCUAUUUCGAAGACCACCCAUUCAGAUCGGAGAUGGAAAACGACGACAUCACUGUGGCGGAGAUGAAGCCGAAGAAGCGUGCUGGACGGAAAAUUUUCAAGGAGACACGUCACCCAAUCUACAGAGGUGUGCGGCGUAGGGACGGCGACAAAUGGGUCUGCGAAGUCCGUGAACCGAUUCAUCAGCGCCGAGUCUGGCUCGGAACUUAUCCCACGGCGGAGAUGGCGGCACGUGCUCACGACGUGGCGGUUCUUGCUCUGCGCGGGAGAUCCGCGUGUUUGAAUUUCUCUGAUUCCGCUUGGCGGUUGCCGACGCCGGAAUCAACUGAUCCGGACACGAUCAGGCGUACCGCGGCCGAAGCAGCGGAGAUGUUCAGGCCGCCGGAGUUUAGUACUGGAAUUACGGUUUUACCCUCAGCCAGUGACUUUCCCACGUCGGAUGAAGGAGUUGCCGGAAUGAUGAUGAGGCUCGCGGAGGAGCCGUUGAUGUCGCCGCCAAGAUCGUACAUUGAUAUGAAUACGAAUAUGUACGUGGAAGAAGAAAUGUGUUACGAAGACUUGUCACUUUGGAGUUACUAAAAUACGUAUGUGUAAUGUAUGCGUGGUAACUUUCCUGAGCUGUGUUGGAGAAUUCAAUGUUUUCUCAGAUAAAUAAAAUGGCAAAUCCGAA